AAGAUGAGUCCCUUUGCCAGCCUGCUCAUGCUCUUACUGCUUGGCCUUUCUCAGGCUCAGCAGGACAAAGAAAUUGUUGAAGAAUCCCCAGGAGAAGACCAGGACACUGUUGACAUCACCACCGCAAUUCUGACCACCAACAGAGGCACAAAUGAGAUCCUACUGGAAGGAGACAUGCUGGUUCCCAAAACCAGAAAUGCCUUGAAGUGCUGGUCUCAGAGCUGCCUGUGGAAGAAAGCCUCCAACGGCUUGGUGAAGGUCCCCUAUGCCAUCAGCUCUCAGUUCAGCAGCUCUGAGAGACAGAAAAUUGAGAAAGCCAUGAGGUCGUUCCACGGCAGCACCUGCAUCCGCUUCGUCCCCCGGCGCAACGAGUACGACUACAUCAGCUUUGAGAGCAGAGGCGGUUGCUUCUCUGAUCUGGGCAGACAGGGAGGUGGACAGGUGCUGUCGAUCAACCGUCAGGGCUGCGUCUACCACGGCAUCAUCCAGCACGAGAUCAACCAUGCCCUGGGCUUCCAGCACGAGCAGACCAGGAGUGACCGUGACAGCUACGUCAGAAUCAACUGGGAGAAUAUUGACCCACAGAUGGCCUUCAACUUCUACAAGCAGGACACCAACAACCUGAACACACCCUAUGACUACUCAUCUGUCAUGCACUAUGGAAAAACGGCCUUCUCCACCAACGGGAAAGACACCAUCACCCCGAUCCCCAACCCCGGCAUCAAUAUCGGCCAGAGACGGGGCAUGUCCAACUGGGACAUCAUGAGAAUCAACCUGCUCUACAGCUGCCCGUAA